GUUCACGAUGUUUUAUUGGCCAUGUGCAACAGGUUCACUGGAAUUCAUACAUACUCAGCCACACCUAUUGCAAAGAACAAUGUAUACAAAGAAACACUGCAAUCCACAUAACAGUGUAGGUGCAAGUAAUAUUUCAGUAUUCCAGAUUCGACUAUUGAUGAUAUGGACCACUUGGGGAUGGGAAACUUGAAUCUAGUGGUCAACUUUUUGAUGCUACAAAACAUCCUACCAGACUUCAGGGGAGAAAACAGAUUGUGGCCAGGGGGGUUGGAUCUCACACUUUUAUAAAAUUCACAUAACUACAUGCUUGUUACGUAUUUUCUCACUUGUGAAUGUUAUAAUCUAGCAAAACUGUUUCUUUGGAGUAAGAGAGUUACAUAUUCACUACCUGCACAGUUUUACAAUCAGAGGUAGAACAGAAUAUCUUUAUUGUCACUGCAUAAAUACAACAAGAUUCAGAUUGCAGUUUCCGCACUCAAUGCUACUAAUGACAAUAAAUUACCUAAAAGUAGAAUAAAGAUAAGACAAAAUCUAGUAGUAAACAAUAAAUAAUAAAAGCUGCACCAGAACCAGUAUAGUGUAAAAAAACAAUUAAAUAAAAGUGUACACGGUAUGCUCAAUAUAAAGAUAGGUUAAAGAUUUAUAGGUUAACGACAUGUAAUACAGACAGCAUCAGUAAAUGAAUCCUUUUCAGUUUCUGUAACCAUUCACCGAUAAACUAAUGUUGUUUGCUAGACAUGUCAUGCAUGCAUGUUGUCCAACGUUCCCCGCGCAGAUCUUUAACCCUCCCACUCACGCCAAGGCUCAGUUAUAAACGCAACCAGUAUAUAUAGAAAAGUAAUACAGACUAAAAUAUUUUACAGACCUAAUUCAUUUAAUCACUUUAAUUAAAAAGUGUAAAUUAAAAAUUAUCUCCGAACGAAGAAGAAGGGAGCAUAUUUGCAAAUAAGUUUAAAUGCUAGAAACUGGGAAUAUUGAAAACGAAACGCUCUUCCUUUAAGGCCGCCAUAGCUCCCCCUUCAGUCGAACGGCGACGUUUUUUUCCAUGCAAAGACUUGCCUUGCAUAAAUUAUGUUCAUGACGUAGUGCAAAAGGCCAAAUUAGUAUUAAAUUUGAGGGACUUUUCUGCGGAAAGAUGUGUUUUCGGAUAUUAUAAGGUGUUUGGAGUUCAUCCGAGCUGCAGGUAACGAAGGGACCGUCAUUGAAUAUUAAGGAUAGGAGGUUCCGCGUGCUGCCGACCCUCUUUAUCAAUGCAAAUACCUCUUUUGUGUGCUGCCACAGCGCCGGGCUGCGAGCUGUGAGAUGAAUUUUUAAUUAUUCGUCUGUUAAACAAACUGUGGCAAAGCUUGUGAAAGCGGGAGAAUCACCAAAAAAACCUUACACUUUAUUGCAUGCGGGCACAGUGACCGCCGGCAGCUGUGAGUACAGACCAUGGAGUCCGAGGAGCUCGGCGCUCAGGACGCGCCCCUCACCGUGAACGAGCAGACAUUAGGUUCCUGCACUUUGAAAUUCCCUGCCCGAGAAAACCAGGUGAUAGUGAUGUCCGGCCAUGAGACGAUACGCGUCUUGGAGGUGGAGGUGGACGCGGCCCUUCCGACCUCUGGCCCCGGCACGAAGGUGGACGCGGGGGCUGACGGGGCGGGCCGGCUGGCUUUGGAAGCAGUGGAGGUGGGAGUUCAGGAUGGCACUGUACCACCCUGUAGUACUGGGGGAGCAGUGUUGGGUGACGGAGGCCCAUCUGUGGAAGUGGCAGUCCCGACGGUCCAGACCCCAGUCCAUUCGGGUCCCCUCAGCAUGCCCCUGUCGCAGCCCCAGGCCGCCGUGCCCGUCACCGUCCAGACCUGCCCUCCGAUGCUGACCCAGGAUAGCCUGGCCACCCUGAUGACGGGGGUGGUGGCCCAUCAGCCCGGCUCUCUGGGCCAGCCCCUGCUAAUCCCCAUUAGUGUGGCGGGCUCCGUGGGCAGCCAGGGCGGUCUAGCCGUGCUCACCUUCCCCACGGCCACUGUGACCACCCUCCCUGGGCUGACGGCGGCCACCCCAGCGGGCGGCGUCCUCAAGCUGCCCUUAGCUGGUCUGCAGGCUGCCACUGUACUGAACACAGUCCAGCCGCAGCUUCACACAGCUGCGCAGACAGUACUGCAGCCCCAGGCGGGAGCGGCGGCCCUGCAGCCGGUGCAGGCGGCGCUGCAGCAGCCGCAGACCACACAGGCUGCCACGCAGAUCAGUGCCGCGUCUCUGGGGGCCCAGCCACAGUUCAUCAGCUCCCUGACCACCACCCCGGUCAUCACCAGUGCCAUAUCCGGCAUGGCGGGACUCACCAGCCAGAUCAUCACUAACGCACAGGGACAGGUAAUCGGGGCUGUGCCUCUUCUGGUGAACCCAGCCUCACUGGCAGGGGGCGCCGCUGCCUCUCCGCUCCAGGCCCAGGGCUUGCAGGUGCAGACCAUGUCCCCUCAGCUGGUGCUGAAUGCCCAAGGCCAGAUUAUAGCCACUAUUGGGAAUGGACCUGUGUGCACCCCCACCUCAGCGUCGGUGAUCCCCAAGCCCUCUGUGCCCCUGUCGCUUGCAAAGUCCACGUCGCAGGGCCAGGUGGUGACAGUGACUCAGGCCCCUGUGGUCAUUGCUCCCCAGCCGUCGGUCAUGAAGAAUGUUGCCCCCCUGUCCUCCCCAGCUCCUGUCACCUGCAGUGACUCUCCUACUGUGGGCCAGCUUGUCAACAAACCUCAGCCAGGAGCUCCGGAUGAGGAGGGCAUUAACCUGGAAGAAAUCCGUGAGUUUGCGAAGAACUUCAAGAUCCGUCGACUCUCCCUAGGACUCACUCAGACACAAGUUGGACAGGCUCUCACUGCUACAGAAGGUCCGGCCUACAGCCAGUCCGCCAUAUGCAGGUUUGAGAAACUGGACAUCACGCCCAAGAGCGCCCAGAAACUGAAGCCAGUCCUGGAGAAGUGGCUGGCAGAGGCGGAGCUGUGGAAUCAGAAGGGCCAGCAGAACCUGAUGGAGUUUGUCGGCGGAGAACCGUCCAAGAAGCGUAAGCGACGUACUAGCUUCACUCCGCAGGCCAUCGAGGUGCUGAACACCUACUUUGAGAAGAACGCCCUGCCCACAGGCCAGGAGAUCACCGAAAUCGCCAAAGAGCUCAAUUACGAUCGCGAAGUGGUCCGAGUCUGGUUCUGCAACAGGCGCCAGACCCUGAAGAACACCAGCAAGAUCAAUGUUUUUCAGGUGCAGUAAUGGAGGGGAGGAGAGGGCCAGCUGGACCCAGGAACCGAAUUGUGAGCAAAGGAAAGUUUAAGAUUAGAUGGUUUUAGAAAGUGAGGAUGAUGGGAAUAGAUGUUGGGGACCCCAUGAUUCUGAUUGGCUAUCGAUGGUGAUGAAGGACAUUGAACCUAGGAGAGGAAUGGGCCAGUAUUUUGACUUUGAAACACACAAACAGAAACAGAAAUGAGUCGUGGCAGAUUUUUUUUUUUUCUCCUUUUGGAAGACGGUUUUAAAAGCUGUUGUGAAACACUUCGAAGGAUUUAUGUUUUUCCUAGAAAGACACCAAGGAGGUGAGGCUGAGCUGUAAGAUGCCCCCCCACACUCUACGUCCUUUAUAUCGUUAAAUAAUCAUCGUUGUGCGUACCUUCACCUCUGCUAGCCAGACGCUGUUGAGGUGGUGUGGGAGCCUGAUCAACUUGAAAAAUAUGCAGUCACUUUUAGCUAAUGGACGCAAGCGAAUCGUUCCCUUCAGUGCAGAGACUAGUGAUGGCUUGUCUCUUUGAGGUGCUCACACCAGACUGUUCCUGCAAACUUAUGAGCGAUGGUGUGCUUGGAUGAAGGCCUCACAUUCUCAUAUGCAUUAUCAUUUGUUUGGGGGGGGGGUGGAUUGUCUCCAGCUAUGGAUGCUUGGAAUUUUUUAAUCUUGUCUGUAACUUUUAGUAUGCUUCGUCUUCUGAUACAAAUUGUGCUUUGGAUGUGUCAUGUUGGACAAUCAAUACAGUUCAGAACUCUGUGACUGAGAGUGUGCAUGCCUUCCAGUAGUGGAUUCACUCCCUCCUUUUGUUUAAUUAACAAUGGCAGGAUAAGUUUGAGAGUUCACUCUCACCAGCGGUACAGAUCUAUUGUUAUAAAUAGGAUGGCAACGGAGCUCACGUACCGUACCACUAAACAGAUCGUUUUCAAGCUUGCGUUUAACUGCACGGGUUGUGGCCCAUGCUUAGCCAGGACUACCUUAUAGGUACUUACCAUUAUGGUGGCAAAAUUUUUCUAAUGGUGUCUAGAAGAAAAAUAGAGAUUUUGGAUGCUCUAUGUGUAGAUUUGAUCCCUGUCAGGUAUAAUCACUUUUAUUAUAUAUAUUUUUUAAAGAUGUGGGUGCUUUCACAGAGCAGCUACGAACAAAAAUCUUUUUUUCCUGGCUUUUAUCUGUAAGGGGCCAAAAACGGUAUAAAAAAAUAAAAAAUAAAUGCAUUCAGCCCUACUUUGCACCAUGCUACCUUUCCUAAGAUUGUUACCAGAAGUUGUCCUGUGACAUUUCAAAUUGCGCAGAUGCAUUUUCUUCCAUAUUGAUUUUUAGUAUCUUGGGUUGAAAAUGCUUUUGAUUUCUUAUGAUUUAUAGACAACCACACCAGUCUCUGGCGGGAGAGAAGUGGAGACACGUUGGCAUCAAUCCCAUAAUCCUUUACAGACUUUUGUCAACGCAGCCAAUAGGGAGGUGGCAAGAGACAGUGUUUUUGACCUUCACGUUGCACACUCCGAGGCGAUUGACCAAUAACAUCAGUCUGGAGGUUUAUCCCGUGAUGAGGUAAUGCUUUUGGCAUCUCCGAUGCCUUCAGUGGUUUGGGGAUAGGUACUAAAUUUUAUUCAAUGUUUGAAUGUCCCGUCCCACAACUAUAGAAACAAUGCUCUCCACUUCUGUGUCGUUCCUGGCUUCAGUAACUAAAUUAACGAAUGCCGCUAUUUCCUUUUAGGAGUAUUUUAUUUUUUAAAAAAGAAAAGUAGAGGAGUUGUAGAGAUAUUAGAAUCCCUGGAGCUUUUCUACAAGUCAAUAGAGUACUUUAUAGGAAACGACCAGUUCUGAAUGCAUUGUUUAAAAUGCAAUCAUACAUUAAUUUUAAGGUGAGCUCCUGUUUUGUCAGAUUUGUUUAAUGGUCUGUCAAUAUUAAACCGGAGGAGGGGUGUUUUGUAUAGAUGUGUUGGAGAAAAGUCAAAUACACGAUUAGUUAGUGUACUUACAUCUCACAGCCAUGCCCUGUUUUUGCAAGCCGUUAUCUCUUCUGUUUUAGGCUGAAAUAAGUGCAGUCAUGUAUUACUUUGACUUGCUGUUGUGUAAAGGUGUCUUUUACAUAUUAUUCAUUGUAUGUGUGAAAACCGGUAUCUUCCAUCUAUUCUGACUCUCCUUGCUUAAAAGGAGAUGCCAUUAAUAAGUUUUCUUUGUUUGUAUUGUCAGUCUUGUGGUGUUAACUAUGUUCACGUAUUUGUCAGAUGCACUUAUUUUUUUUAUGUUGUUUUUUUUUUUUGUUUUAUUUUUGGGCGGAGGUUCUGGUAGUUGUUGGUGGAAAAGGUGUUUGUAAAGUUUGCAGGUUUAAUUGAGUUUUCCUGCAUCAGAACCACUUCCCAAGGAUUUGUUAUAUGAUUAGAUCUAUUCACUUUUCUUUUAGGGUUCUAUCGUAGAGUAAAUGCUGAUUUUUUUUUCUGUUUCAGUAAUGCUAUUGUUUAAAAAGCCUUAACAAUGCAUAAUUAUACUUCAUACUAUGUAUAGGUUUGAGCUAAGAUGAAAAAGGGAAGAGAAGUUUGGAAUUAAAAGUUCGGAAACAAAAGUUCAAACUAUAGAGCACUCCGAGGAAAAAAAUGAACGAAUGCCAUUGGAUGAAUUGUCAUGCAUGCAGUGGGACACUGGGAGAUUUCACUGCACACUGGGAAAGCAGGCGUGUGCGUUUUGUGCAAUUGGUCCUCACAGGAAAUAUUUCUGAAAGGUCUUUCACUUAUUGUUAAACAUUUCUACUUAAAAGGAGCCUCGUUCCUAGCCAGUGACUCAUUUCUUAUUUAAAAUGAAUUGUUAGUCAAGAUAAUCUGAAUCAGACUGUCACAUAAUUCUUUAAACUACUUGCUUUAGGGGAGUAGAAAAGAAAUCCAGAUCUUUCCAUUUUAACGUGGUGCUGGUGAACACAUUGCUUAUAAAGCCUUUCAAAAGAUAACGGAAAACGGUUUUAUAGUGUCAUUGCCGUGAUAUUUAGUUAUUGGAAAUAACCAGUUUUUUUUCCUUUAACUUUUCACUCUACUUUGUUAAAUAAUUAAGUCUAACAGCUUUACCCAGACUUGUAUUGUAGGUGUAAGUCUGAUGGUGAUGUGACGAGGACUGAACAUGUGCCACUAGCGUGGAGCUAACUUAUAUAAAUAUAUAAAAGUAUUAAUUCAAAAAUAGCUAAAAUGUCUACAGAAAAUACUUUCUUUCCAACUGACAGUUUGUUAUACAAAACAAAUAUAAAUUUAAAUUAAAAGGACAGGUUUAUAUAUACAAGAAAUAAAGCUAAGUGAAACAAAAUCUAUUUAUUUUAACCAAUGUAUUUGGUAAGUUUAAAAGAGGUUCUAAUGAGCUGAUGUGGGUGGUCCUUCUGCUGGAGUAUCGGAACGUUUUGGGCUGUUGGGGUCUUUCUAGUCCAUAAGAGAGCUUUGAGUAUGAUAUCUAAGGCCCAUGCACGUUCCAGUGGAACAAAGGGGCUGGGUGGGACAGAAGAGAGGAAUCACUCCCUCUCACACCUCUAUCUAGUGGUUUGUAGCUGGAAUACACCUAAGCUGGUAUGAAUAAUGAGAAUUUAUAACAGAAGUGAUUAUUAAAUAUGUUUUCUUUUUUGUUAUUAGUUGGAGUUCUAUCUGUUAAUAAAAAUUAAACUUGAAACUAA